GAUCAAUUGAACGCCAAUAGAGUCUGUAAUAUAGAAGUUUCUCCGUCGACCACAAUAUACUUAAAGGUGGCGCGCGUACAGCCAGACCCUCAACACGUGCAGGACUAUCACGUGCCGGUCCUCCAGUUCCCCGUCACUCCCAAUCAGUGGGAUCUCACCACUCAACAGAUUCUUCCAUAUAUUGAUGGCAUUCGUCACAUCUCUAGAAUCGCAUUGGAAGCCGACGUUGAGAUGAGUUUAGUGAAGGCCUGCGUCCAGAAUAUGAUUUAUUACGGAAUUAUAACAUUGAUUCCUAUAUUCCAAUAUUCAAACGUCUACUUAACGACACCUCGUUUAGUGCAUUUGGCCGAAAACAUUAGCCUUCAGGACGAGUGCAUUAGAUUUGUAUCGAAACAAGAAUCGCAACCAUUGGCCACAUUUCGCUCAAUAUUCCAACUCUACUGUCAUAUGUGUCCGGGAAUGACAGUCAAAGAUCUGUGUAUGAAAUUCAAUCCAUCCGCUCAUGGAAUCGAUGAGAAAGCGCUCAUUAAAUUCGGUUUAAUGAAAGGCUUU